AGUUUUUUCCACCUUGGUUGAUUUGGUUUUUAUAAAACAUGGUUACCUCUAACCCUUUCCCUGCCGUUGAAAAAUGUCCAUCUGUAGGCCGAGAAAAGCAAACUGUGGUGGCUGACAUGGACGGUACCUUGCUCAUAGGCCGUAGCUCCUUCCCAUAUUUCGCUUUGGUUGCCUUCGAAGUUAGUGGAGUCUUGAGGCUCCUUUUCUUGCUCUUAGCUUCACCGCUUACCGGACUUCUUUACUACUUUGUGUCCGAGUCCGCCGGCAUCCAAGUUCUUAUAUUCGCAACGUUUGUUGGGAUGAAAGUGAGCGACAUAGAGUCGGUGGCACGAGCAGUGCUGCCCAAGUUCUACUCCAGUGAUCUGCACCCCGAGUCGUGGAGAGUUUUUACCUCGUGCGGGAAACGUUGCGUCCUUACUGCGAAUCCUAGGAUUAUGGUGGAAGCAUUCUUGAAAGAUCUGUUAGGGGUUGAUAUGGUUUUAGGCACUGAGAUAGGAACUUACAAAGGUAGAGCUACAGGAUUUGUUUGUAAGCCAGGGGUACUCGUUGGGAAGAACAAGGCGGAUGCUCUUAAAAAGGCUUUCGGCGAGACGAAGCCAGAUGUUGGACUUGGAGAUAGGCACACUGAUAUUCCCUUCAUGGCAAUGUGCAAAGAAGGUUACCUUGUGCCACCAAAUCCAGAAACAAAGGCAGUUGCAAUCGAGAAGCUCCCAAAACCUGUAAUUUUUCAUGAUGGACGGCUUGUUCAAAAGCCAACACCUCUGACUGCUCUUCUGAUAAUUCUGUGGACCCCCAUUGGUUUCCCCCUGGCCUGCUUGCGCAUUGCAGCAGGGUCGCUCCUCCCAAUGUCGAUAGUCUACUAUGCUUUUUGGGCACUUGGAGUUCGAAUCACUGUCAAGGGAACCCCGCCUCCACCAGUCAAAAAAUCAACCGGUCAAUCUGGUGUCCUCUUCAUUUGCUCACAUAGAACCUUACUUGACCCAAUCUUUCUUUGUACUGCUCUUGGACGCCCUAUCUCUGCAGUCACCUACUCCAUCUCUCGUCUCUCCGAGAUCAUCUCACCCAUCAAACUUGUUAAACUAAGCAGAGACCGAGCAACGGAUGCCGCCAUGAUUAAGAAGCUGCUUCAAGAGGGAGACCUAGCUAUCUGCCCCGAAGGAACCACCUGCCGUGAACCAUUCCUUCUUAGGUUUUCAUCUCUGUUUGCUGAAUUAACUGACCAGCUUGUGCCGGUUGCCAUGGUGAACCGUAUGAGCAUGUUUCAUGGCACCACAGCCAGAGGAUGGAAAGGGAUGGACCCCUUCUACUUCUUCAUGAACCCUACCCCAGCAUAUGAAGUAACCUUCUUAAACAAGUUGCCACCAGAGCUAACGUGCAGCUCAGGAAAGUCCAGCCAUGAGGUUGCCAAUUACAUCCAAAGGGUGAUUGCUGCAACUCUUUCAUACGAGUGCACAAAUUUUACCAGGAAAGAUAAGUACCGGGCCCUGGCUGGAAACGAUGGCACUGUGGUUGAGAAACCUAAGCUUCCAGCCAAUAAAGUGAUGGGAUGUUAAUCUAAUAUGUUGUUUCCAAGUGAUUUAUAUCCGAGUCAUGCUGAUGAGAAUCUUGACCUAAAGCUCAGUUCAAUACUCCUAGUUUGAUAUUCAGCUAGAGCUCAAUUGAGUAUGAUUUUCUAAGCUCAAUUCUGCUCAAGAUGAAGUCAAAUUAUUCGAGUCGUUUGCUCCAUUUAUAUAGUCAAACUGAAGAAUAAGAAUGAAAAUUAUUUAUGUAUUGCAGUGAACGAGUGAAUCUGAUGAGAUUGCAAGAAACUAGUAUGCAUAGCGAGUGGAGCCCUCUAGAAAUUUGGUUCAUUAUCUGUUCAAGGCUGGUUGAAUGUAAGCCAUCUUUCGUAAUGGUAUGAUUGAAUGUUUCAGUGAUUCAACUUUUCAUUAUGAUGCUAAGUGAACCUUACCAGAACCAUGUAGAAAUUUUUGUAAUGGUAUGAAUUGAUUUGUGUGAGCCAACU